GCACCUAUGACGUAGUAGAAAAAAAGCGCUACAGAGCCGGAUUCUGUACGCAGAAUCAGCAUUGACUUCAAAAUGCAAAUUCUCUACCCCAAGUCUGUGUGAUCCAGAAACAGGAACUUCAAGAAGGACAUACUGGAUUUAAUUAGAAAUGUUAAGACUAUCCAAAAAAGGAAUAGUUAGAAUUGAUCAAGUUCAAGAUGAGGAAACCUACCUGGAAAAUUUAGCAGUGCAAAGAAAUGCUUCUGCUUUCUUUGAAAAAUAUGAUCGCAGCGAAGUGCAAGAAUUACUAACAACAGCACUCGUCAGCUGGCUGUCUGCCAAGGAGGAUGUUCGCUCUCAACUAGACAUCCCAUGUGGACUCAUGAGUCAAAUAAAUAAUGUAGGCUUCUCCACCGCCAUCCUAUUGACGCCUGUGGACCCCACUGCCCAUUUAGACUAUAGGGAAGUCCAUCAGAUCUUAAGGGAGUUGGCUGUUGGAAUUUAUUGCUUAAAUCAAAUCCCUUCGAUCAGUUUAGAAGCAAAUUAUGAUCAGAGUUCUUCUUGUCAACUACCUCCAGCUUAUUAUGAUACCAGAAUUGGACAAAUUUUGAUCUAUAUUGACUAUAUGCUAAAAGCACUGUGGCAUGGAAUAUACAUGCCCAAAGAGAAGCGAACCAGAUUCUCUGAAUUGUGGCGCACUAUCAUGGACAUUGAUCCAGAUGGGAAGCCUCAAACAACCAAAGAUAUAUUUUCUGAGUUUAGUUCAGCAGGUUUGGUUGAUAUUACAAAUGACCCAGACUUUGAUGGAAUCUAUGAUGAAGACAUGAAUGAAGAUCCCACAUAUGAUCCCAAUAGCCCUGAAGAAAAGGCUGUAUUUAUGAAAUAUGCUGAAAACAUUAUGCUAAAGCUGACGUUCAGUACCACACAAGUUCAACAGCAUGAAAACAUCUUUAUAUUUGAGACAGCCUAUUGGCUCACUAAUGCUAUAAAGUACAAUCAGGAUUAUCUGGAUAUUUGUACUUACCAGAGACUACAACAAAGGCUGUAUCUUCAAAAAAAAGUUAUUCAAAAACACUUUGAGAAAAAAAAAGAAAUCAGAAGAGGGAUAGGCUAUCUGAAGUUAAUAUGUUUUCUGAUUCCGUUUUUACUCAGUUUAAAAAAGAGGAUGAAAGUUCCAUAUUUAAAUAGUCUGCUUCCACCAUUUUCAGAUGACAAAGUCAAGACAGAGAGAGAACUGCCUCCAUUUAUUUAUGGACGAGAUUUUAAAUGCCAGAAUUUUGACUACAAAGAACACCAGUAUUUCCAUGUUCAUGGAGGAAUUGAAUUUGAUAUCAGCACGAAUCCAGUUGAGAAUGCUUUGGAUGACUUUAAGAAAAAUGUGGAGAAAAUACAGGAGUGUGCUGCUAAUACCUUUGCAGAAGAUUCAGGAUACAAAGAAUUUUACUCAGUGCCAGUCAUGGAGUUUUAUGGAAAGAGGAGUAUCCCAUUUGGUAUGAAGUCAGCUGUUGAAAGAGGCUUGUCUGCUGUUUUCCAUACAUUCAGCCGUAAAACCUCAAGCUCAACAAUCAAUGUUUCUGAUGAAGCAGGCUACGCCAUUUUCCACCACGCGGCCCUGCACAACCGGGUCUCCAUCAUCUGUCAGCUGUGUAACGCCAACUUCAACGUUAACCAGAGACGCUUCGUCAUGUUCAGCCAAGAGUCAUCCAAAGUGGAUAUGAAAAAAGAAAGAAAUGGUCCCACACCUCUACACCUGGCCGCACAAGCCUGUUCACUGGAGGCGACCAUCUGCCUACUCUGUUUCAAAGCUGAUUACACACUCACUGAGAAAAGAGGCUGGAUGCCAAUCCACUUUGCCGCCUUCUACGAUAACAUCUGCAUCAUCAUUGCACUCUGCAGGAAGGAUCCGAGUUUGCUAGAGGCUGAGGCAACAGCUGAGAAUCAGUGUACCCCACUACUGCUUGCCGCAACUUCAGGAGCACUAGACACCAUUCAGUACCUUUUCUCUCUCGGUGCCAACUGGAGAAAAACAGACACGAAAGGAAACAAUAUCAUUCACUUGUCAGUGCUCACUUUUCAUACAGAGGUACUCAAGUAUAUCAUAGAAUUGAAUAUCCCUGAACUUCCAGUUUGGAAAACUUUAGUAGAAAUGUUGCAGUGUGAAAGCUUCAAGCGAAGGAUGAUGGCUGUCAUGUCCUUAGAAGUAGUUUGCUUAGCAAAUGAUCAAUACUGGAAAUAUAUUUUGGAUGCAGGCACCAUUCCUGCUUUAAUCAAUCUGUUAAAAUGUCCCAAAAUAAAACUGCAGUGUAAAACUGUUGGGUUACUGAGUAAUAUCUCAACCCACAUAAGUGUAGUACAUGCUUUGGUGGAGGCAGGAGGCAUCCCUGCUUUGAUCAACCUGCUGGCUUCUGAUGAGCCCGAACUACAUUCCCGCUGUGCUGUCAUUCUGUACGAUAUUGCUAAGUGUGAAAACAAGGAUGUUAUCUCCAAAUAUAAUGGAAUCCCGGCUCUGAUAAAUCUCCUGAGCCUGAACAUAGAAAGCGUGCUGGUGAACGUAAUGAACUGUAUCCGAGUGCUAUGUAUCGGAAAUGAAAGCAACCAAAGAGCCAUGAGAGACCACAAUGGUAUCCAGUACCUCAUCCGGUUUCUGAGUUCUGAUUCUGAUGCGCUGAAGGCAGUGUCCUCAGCCACAAUCGCUGAGGUCGGCCGUGACAACAAGGACGUGCAGGAUGCUAUAGCAAUGCAAGGGGCUAUUCCUCCCCUGGUGGCUCUUUUCAAAGGGAAGCAGCUCAGUGUCCAAGUGAAAGGUGCAAUGGCUGUGGAAUCCCUGGCGAAUUGCAAUCCUUUCAUCCAGAAGGCAUUUCUGGAAAGAAAAUUAACUAAAGAUCUCCUGAAACUUCUAAAGGCCUUUCAAAUAGAUGUUAAGGAGCAAGGAGCCGUAGCACUUUGGGCUUUGGCAGGACAAACCCUGAAGCAACAGAAAUACAUGGCAGAACAGAUUGGCUACAACUUCAUAAUAAACAUGCUUUUGUCUCCAUCAGCUAAGAUGCAGUAUGUAGGAGGUGAAGCAGUCAUAGCUCUCAGCAAGGACAGCAGAAUUCAUCAAAACCAAAUAUGUGAAGGGAACGGCAUUGCACCUCUGGUUCGCUUACUGAGGAUUAAUAAGAUAGCCGAAGGCACACUUCUGAGCGUCAUCAGAGCAGUGGGAUCCAUUUGUAUUGGUGUGGCCCACACAAGCAAUCCCAUGAGUCAACGGUUCGUUGUGGAGGAGAAUGCCUUUCCUGUACUUAUUCAGCUGCUAAGAAGUCACCCUUCAACUAACAUUAAGGUUGAAGUGGCAUUUUCUUUGGCAUGCAUCGUCCUAGGGAAUGAGUUGCUACAGAAAGAAUUACAAGAAAAGGAAGGAUUUAAGUAUUCUGAUGUCCUUUAUCUUCUUCACUCCAAAGAAAAGGACAUUUGCUUGAGAGCAGGUUAUGCACUAACUCUUUUUGCCUUCAACAAUCGUUUUCAACAGUACUUAAUAUUGGAAAGUGGAAUGCUAACCUUAUCUAUUUUUGAGCCUUUUCUUCGAUCCAAGGUUGAAACAGAGAAGGCAAUGGCAGCGUUUCAGAUUAUUGUAUUAGCUAAAGUCAUUAUAGAUGUGGACCAUAUUACUUUGUCUGCAAGAGGUGUUACUAUUUUAGUUGACAGUCUGUAUUCAGUCCACAUUCCUACUAUUGUCCUGACAGGUAAUUUAAUAGCUAGUCUGGCUCACUCCAGAGCUGGUAUUCCAGCCGCUUUUCUGACGCUAGGGACAGUCCAACGGCUAUGCUACCACCUGUACUCAGGAAGAGAAGAGGUUCGCACAGCGUGUUCUUGUGCCCUUGGCUACCUGACUUACAAUGCACAUGCUUUCCGCAUCCUGCUGACGGAGUGCAGGAACAAACCUAACCAGUUCCUGCGCAUAAUGAAUAAUAUCAGCAGAGACGCGAAGAUUAACCCCACCUUCCUGAAGGAGUUCCAAAUGCAGCAAAAUGUGGGACUUCCGUCCUUAAGUCUGGAAAAGAAUGGAGGACCAUCUAUAAUUCCUGUCUUUAAAAAAGGGAAAGAGCAUCGAAGAAAAACAAGGCCUAAAAUCCAACCGAGAGAUUCUCUGACUUUAAUACCCCCUGUAACUAACUUCAUGGGGCUCUUCAAAACAACAAAACAGGCCACUGUUUCCCAUAACAUUUUCUCUUUUUCAUCUGGAAUUUCAUCAGAUAUCAUAAAUGUAUCAAGACCAAGAAUAGUGUGUUUGAACAACCUUGGGAAACGUGAGCAGAAAGCCAACCCAGAGCCCACAGAAAGCUAAUAAUAAUAAUAAUAUUAAUAAAAAGCAUUUGAACAUGA